GCAGCAGAGCCGUUUGGGCGCCAAGGUACAGAUGUGUUGAUUUAAUAGAAAAUAGCCAUAAAAUAAUAAAAAUACUCGGCUAGCUGGCGAGUAAUAGCUGAUACUCGGUUCUAUACGUAGUAGCUAAUUUUUUAUGAUAGUCUCAACUAUGUUUCUGAACAAGACUGCCUGGUUUUCAAGCAGUGUGCCACAGGCCUAUCACAACUUCUGGAAAACGCAGGGUGGGACUAUUGCAGGAUGGAGGUCAGCAGAUUACCUUUUCAGUGCAGAUGCUACAUGUCCUGAUACUCAGAGGAUAUUUGAGAGCAAAGAUUAUAUCUGCAACAAGGUGACGCUUUUUCACAGCUUGUUUCUGUCGACCUGUGAGAAGCGUCAAAGUGUGAAGUCCGUGGUCAUCGGCCAUUAUGUCCUGCCUCCAGUCUCAGUACAGGACGAGGUGAGGAGCGUGGUUGGGAGGUUGAUUUGGGAGUGUGAAGAUGCACAGUCAGUGGCACAGAGUUCCUGUAGGAGUUUUAGUUGCCUCACCGAAGACGAGUACAAUGAAGAAGAAGAAGUCAGCAAAAGCGAUUGUGUCCAUUCUGACACAGACUCGUCAGAAAGUGAGGCCUCUCUCUGUGAUCACUUGCAAGAUUAUCCAGUUAGUAGUAUGCAUACAGGACAUGUCAGCAUGGACAGGCUCAAGAAAUAUUCAGGUGAUCUGAGUGACGUCCGUCCCAGGUGCUUCCGAUGCUCCAGAUGUAAAGCCCACUGCUGUUUGUCACACACAUAAGCAAAUGUACACACUGAUUAAACCAGUUUGAUGUUUGUGUUUUAUCUCAGAAUUGUCUUCAUGUACUCCUGUUUUAAAUUUAAAUCUACCCUGACAUUUAAUAAAUAAGUAUCUACUGU